AUGGUGCACAUCCAGCCGCUCGAGGUGUCUCUCGAGGCCGGCAACCUCGCCGACCCCGCCGCGGCCGCGCUCGAUGACGACGGCCGCCCGCGCCGCACCGGCACCGUCCUCACCGCAAGCGCGCACAUCGUCACCGCCGUCGUCGGCUCCGGCGUCCUCUCGCUCGCCUGGGCCACCGCGCAGCUCGGCUGGGUCGCGGGUCCCACCACCACGGCGCUCUUCGGCGGCGUCAUCUACUACAGCUCCACGCUUCUCGCCGACUGCUACCGCACCUGCGACCCUGCCGCCGGCACCCGGAACCACUCCUACAUGGAGGCCGUCCGAGCCAUCCUCGGCGGCGCCAAGGUGAAGUUCUGCGGCGUCAUACAGUACACCAACCUCGUCGGCAUCACCAUUGGCUACACCAUCGCCGCCUCCAUCAGCUUCCAUGCCAUCACGAGGGCCAACUGCUUCCACGACAAGGGGCACGACAACGCGUGCCACAGCUCCAGCACGCCCUACAUGAUCGGCUUCGGCGCCGCGCAGAUGGUCUUCUCUCAGAUACCCAACUUCGAUCAGAUACGGUGGCUCUCCGUCGUCGCCUCCGCCAUGUCCUUCACCUACUCCGGCAUCGGGCUCGGGCUCGGGAUCGCCCAGACCGUGGCCAACGGCGGGUUCCGAGGCACCCUCACCGGCGUCGCCAUCGGCACGGCGGGCGUCACCGUGAUGCAGAAGCUGUGGCGCGUCCUGCAGGCGCUGGGCAACAUCGCCUUCGCCUACUCCUUCUCCAACGUGCUCAUCGAGAUCCAGGACACCAUCAAGGCGCCACCGCCGUCGGAGGCAGCCGUGAUGAAGAAGGCCACGGCGCUGAGCGUGGCCACCACCACGGCGUUCUACGUCAUGUGCGGGUACAUGGGCUACGCGUCCUUCGGCAACGGCGCGCCGGACAACCUCCUCACCGGGUUCGGCUUCUACGAGCCCUUCUGGCUGGUGGACGUCGCCAACGCCGCCAUCGUCGUGCACCUCGUCGGCGCCUACCAGGUCUUCUGCCAGCCCAUCUUCGCCUUCGUCGAGCGCUGGGCCGCCGCCAGAUGGCCAGAGAGCGGCUUCGUCACGCGGGAACUUGGGGUGGGGCCGUUCGCGGUGAGCGCGCUCCGGCUUGUCUGGCGCUCGGCGUUCGUGUGCCUGACCACCCUGGUCGCCAUGGCGAUGCCAUCCUUCGGCGCCAUCGUGGGGCUCAUGGGCGCGCUCUCCUUCUGGCCGCUCACCGUCUACUUCCCCGUGGAGAUGUACAUGAAGCAGCGCGCCGUGGCGCGCGGGAGCGCGAGGUGGCUCUGCCUCAAGGCGCUCACCGUCGCCUGCCUCGUCGUGUCGGUGGCCGCCACCGUGGGAUCAAUCGCCGGCAUGGUCGGCGCGUUCAAGGUGUUCCGCCCUUUCAGUGGCUAGUAGGAGUAGUAUGGUGUCAUCAAGUACGUAUGCUUCAGUAUAGGGAAUUCCUCAUUACGUAUGCAUUGAUGGUGCAGACUAAUGCAUUGACGCUUGUCAGUUGUCAUGGCGCGUUUGUAAUUGUUUUUUCUUU